ACUGCCGUAUGUCGCAAAACAGCCAAAGAGCCCACACGUAGUCGGCAGCUACUAUUCACUACAGUAUAUCUCGUUUUAUUUACUGUUCAAGAUAACUGCUACAAUGGAAAUCUUACGUCCAUCAUUGAUCAACAUAAGUGGAAGAGUAUACAGAAGAAAUACCAUCAAAGAAGACCAGUAUGAAGAGGGGGAAGAGGACGACUCUUACAUGGGACCACCAGCAAGUGAACAGUUUGAGGAAGAAGAAGAGUUCUGUGACAGCCACUCCAUAGAACAGACUGACAAAGGUUUCAGCUGUGCCAUUGAUGUCCCAAGUGUUCUUUACAAAUACAUCAUUGGAAGGAAAGGAGAGACACGUAGAAGACUCGAGGCAGACACAAAGACAGACAUCCACAUUCCAAAACAAGGAGUGGAAGGACAGAUUGUGAUCACUGGCUCCCAGAAGGCCGCGGUGUCCUCUGCCGUGACUCGUGUCGAGCUCCUGGUGCAGAGCUUUCGCCAGAAGCAGCCGUUCACCCACUUCCUGUCGUUCGCUCUUAACCACCCUCAAGUUCAGGAUGGAUUCCUGAGGUUUAAAGAGGAGGUGUUGGAGCAGUGUUCUCAGGACCACGGAGUAGAUGGAAGCCUCUUCCAGAACCCUGCUAAGCUCCAUCUAACAGUCGGCACCCUGGCUCUGCUGAACGACCUGGAAGUGACCCAAGCUUGUAAACAACUCCAGCACUGUCAGGACUUUAUCAAGACCAUCACAGAAGGGAAGCCUCUCCCGCUGGAGGUGACAGGGAUUGAGUACAUGAACGAUGACCCAGCCAUGGUGGAUGUCCUGUAUGCCAAGGUCCAAGUGAAAGAUGGUUCGGACAAGCUGCAGACCAUUGUGGAGCGGCUGGUGGACCACUUUGUUUCCUCAGGGCUGAUGGUCAGAGAAUGGGACAGAGUGAAACUGCACGGCACAGUGAUGAACACUCUGUUCAGGAAGGAUGCUUCAGCCGAAGCCGGAGGAGGAAGGCAGAACAUGAAGGAGCGGGAGGCCUUCGAUGCCAGGAACAUAUUAAAGAGCUUUGGGUCGUACCAUUUUGGGGAGUUUGAUCUGAGUGCUGUCCAGAUUUCCCAGAGGUAUUCUACCGACUGCACCGGUUUCUACACCUCCGCUGGCCUUCUGAACUUCUCCUGACCACCUCUCCCCUGAACGUUCCCUCAGGUCAGAGGUGAACGAUGAAGCUUCAAGGUGGACUGGACCUGCAGAGAUGAAUGACCGGGUUACAAGGUGGACAUGUCAGAAAACUCUAGGAUGUCCCUGUCACCGUGUCAGGAAACUCUAGGAUGUCCCUGUCACCGUGUCAGGAAACUCUAGGAUGUCCCUGUCACCGUGU